AAUGUCUGAUGUAACGAGGAUUAGGGUCUUGGCAUCUCGGCAGCAGGAGAUCGAAAAAGACACAAGGGGGCAAGACCUGGGACAGCUGGAACGCUCUUGGGCGAGAAAAGGGGACGAGGAAACUCAAACUGGGCUCUAAUCCUCACCUGGGAAGUGUCUGCCAUCUCAGGACUUCACCACAGGGCUUUACGGUCUGAGGAAGGGCUCAAGCAGUCGAGAAAAUGUUCCCCCUCAUGCAUUCAGAUCACAGCAGAGAGCCGAGGACACGGGUCCAGACCAUUAUGGGGGAGCUCACAGAUGGAGAAGCUCUGGUGGAGCUCGAUUUAGGAAAGAAGGUGAGCAUCCCUCAGGAUCUGAUGAUGGAGGAGCUCUCCCUGCCAAUCAACAAGGGCUCCAGGCUGUACCAGAAGAGGCAGAGGAGAGUGCAGAACUUUGUGCUGGAGCAUCCUUCGGGCUACAGAAUUAUCUCAAAUGUUUCUGGAGGAGGAGGAGGAGGCUCACACGCUGAUUAUGAUGGAGUUGGCAUGUCAGAAGGACAGUCUAUCCAUAAUGCUGAAGGGAAGGAGAACUACCAGGCUGGACUUCACGAAGCAGCCUCAGGAAAGGCAACACCUCCCAAAGUGCCAAAGAAAACAAACAAAGUCUUGCGGAUGAGCAAAGCCCUGAAUCCCAAUGCCAUCGCUCCAGGCUAUUCUGGACCUCUAAGUGGUGUACCACCAGAGAAGUUCAACAGGACAGCCAUCCCCAAAGGCUACCAGUCCCCCUGGCGGGAGUUCCUUAGCAGCGAGGACUACCAGAUAGACCAUGAGACCCGGUUGCCUGAACCUCCCAGAAAAGUGAAUAGUUUUGACGUCAGGAGCUUCAAUAGGACCCCAACCCCAUUUGGCGGACCAUUACUGAAUGAUGUGAUCCUUGGCUACGAGAUGAAUGAAGCCCCGACAGACAUGAGCAGCUUGGAACUCAUGUUAAACAGGCCCAGCUUCAACAGAGCACCUCGGGGCUGGAUACAGGCGAUGCCAGAAUCUGAAGAUCUGUAACUUGCUACAAUGCUGCUGCCUGACUUUUUCCAACACCAAUGCACGCUAGCCUCCUAAUCAUGGGGAAAAGAAAGCAAGCACCCUUUUUGAAUUCUGUGGUUUUACACACGAAGACGUAACAAU